AUGAGUUCCUCAUCGAUGGCCAGCGGAAUGUCACCGUUCGGACAGAAUGCCGCGUCGACAAUUCGAGAUGCUCGUGAACGCGAAAAGAAGGAGAUGAGUGACUUAAACGACCGAUUGGCCGAUUACAUCGAAAAGGUGCGUUUCCUGGAAGCACAGAACCGUAAACUGGCAGCUGACUUAGAUAUGUUGAGAGGAAGAUGGGGCAAGGAUACGUCGAGCAUCAAACUGAUGUAUGAGGGCGAACUGUCGGAAGCCCGGAAAGUGAUCAACGACACAUCCAAGCAACGUGAUGACCUCGAGAAAGAAAUCAAGAAACUUCAGGACGAAUUAACUGAAUUUCGCAGAAAGUUCAUAGAUCGAGAUCAAGAGCGGAUAAUAACAAUAAUGAUAAUACAGAUGACGAAUGCGAAUCGAAAUGACAUGGAAUCGUGGUAUAAAUUGAAAGUUCAAGAGAUUCAAACGCAAUCAGCACGUCAGAACAUUGAACAAGGUUAUCAGAAAGAGGAAGUGAAACGUUUGAGAGUACAGCUCGGCGAUUUGAGGGGUAAACUGGCUGAUCUGGAAGGACGAAAUGCCCUACUGGAAAAACAAAUCCAAGAGCUGAACUUCCAACUGGAGGAUGAUCAACGUUCCUACGAGGCUGCGUUGAAUGAUCGCGAUGCGCAGAUCCGUAAGAUGCGCGAAGAAUGUCAAGCUCUUAUGGUCGAACUGCAGAUGCUUCUUGACACUAAACAGACUCUUGAUGCCGAGAUAGCGAUCUUCCGCAAGAUGUUGGAAGGUGAGGGAGAUGGCCCUGGCUUGAAACAACUCGUUGAGCAAGUGGUACGCACAACCGGCAUUAAUGAAGUGGCUGAUACAGAGACGAUGCGUGUUGUGAAGGGUGAGACAUCAUCAAGAACCUCAUAUACCCGUUCAGCUAAGGGCAACGUUUCUAUCCAAGAGACCUCUCCGGAGGGCAAGUUCAUCGUGUUGGAGAAUACGCAUCGCUCCAAAGAAGAGCCCAUUGGAGAGUGGAAAUUGAAGAGGAAGAUCGACGGCAAGAAAGAGAUCGUUUACACACUCCCCAAAGACUUCAUUCUCAAACCCGGUAAACAGCUCAGAGUUUGGGCUCGAGGUCAAGGCGGUGUCCAUGCACCCCCCGAUCAGAUGAUUUUCGAAGCUGAAGAGAGUUUUGGAGUCGGUGGCAAUGUGCAAACCAUUCUGUACAAUAAAGAAGGAGAGGAAAGAGCAACGCAUAUCCAGCGAUCCAGCCAGACGGCCAGUUAA